AUGGGUGAAAGAGGUCCCGACCAGUGGUUGGAACAGAUUAAAAAUUGCAUAUCGCUUUCUGAAAAUGACAUGAAACAGCUCUGUGAGCUUGUGAAGGAGCUUUUGAUGGAGGAGUCCAAUAUCCAGCCGGUGCAGCUGCCGGUGACGGUGUGUGGUGAUAUCCACGGACAGUUCCACGACUUGCUAGAGCUUUUCAAGAUAUCCGGUGGCUUGCCCACGGAGGAUAACGACACGAAUUAUAUCUUUUUGGGUGAUUAUGUCGAUAGAGGUUAUUUUUCUUUGGAGACGUUUACGCUUCUUAUGGUGUUGAAGGUGAAGUUCCCCAACCGCAUCACCUUGGUCCGUGGAAACCACGAGUCCAGACAGAUCACCCAGGUCUACGGCUUUUACGAUGAAUGUUUAACGAAAUACGGCUCCACAACCGUGUGGAAGUACUGCUGUCAGGUUUUUGACUUUUUGACUUUGGCAGCCAUCAUUGACGGGAAAAUCUUAUGUGUGCAUGGCGGCUUGUCGCCAGAGAUUCGUAUGUUGGAUCAAAUCCGUGUGUUGAGCAGAGCCCAGGAGGUGCCCCACGAAGGUGGUUUCUGUGAUUUGGUUUGGUCUGAUCCCGACAAUAUUGAUAAAUGGGCUGUUUCGCCAAGAGGCGCAGGAUGGCUCUUUGGCUCGAAGGUCAGUCGGGAAUUCAACCACAUCAACAACUUGGACUUAAUAGCGAGAGCGCAUCAGUUGGUCAUGGAGGGCUUCAGAUACCAUUUCAAGGAGAAGGACGUGGUGACCGUUUGGUCCGCUCCAAACUACUGUUAUAGGUGUGGUAACGUUGCCAGUGUCAUGCAAGUCGGCAGCGACUUGGAGCCUAACUUCAAGAUCUUCAGUGCUGUUCAGGACGGAGACUUGGCAGCAAAGAAUAACCCAUCGAAGCAACAGCGCAUUGACUACUUCUUGUAA